AAAAUCAGUGAACGUUUACUGAAUAAUUUACUGAGGCCACACGAAGCUUCUCAGCAUCAUAAAAAUUUGGCCGCUGUUUUCUGAUUUUAUCAUCAAACCUGUGCUUCAUUCGCCAGAAAGACUCUUUGCAUUUGGUGCACGACUUUACUGCGAGUUCUUAAACGAGACCAUUGAAAACUUUAUUAGCGAUUAAUUUUAAUUGACAAUAUGAGUUCCAGAGCUGGGCGCAGAGCAGGACGUGCACAGGAGGUGGACGCUGACAUACCAUCAUCUGGAACCACCACCGACGUCUCGGAACCCAACUCCGCCUCGAACUCCCGGAGGUCUCGGAGGAACCGAGAGGGUGCUUCAGAAGAGAACUAUGACCUUUCUUCAGCGACUUUGAAUGCGAAGGCCGACAGCCUGGAGCAAGCAGCGGAGCGGGCGGAAGUAGCGGUGGCACUCGGAAGGAUAGGAACCCGUUUCCGAAAUCAAAAACGAAGUCAAGCCACAAAGCCGAGCGGCGAAGAUGACGACAUGGUUGUUCUUGACGACGACCAAGGUCCUGGACUUCAAAGCGGAAACACCGACAUGUUUGACCUUGACAAGAUGGACUCCAGCGGCAAAGGUCAACCGGGGUCAAACAAUAACUCGGAAGAUGAUUUCUGCUGCUGGAAGUGUAACAGGAGUUUGCUAGGGUACAGAUUCGUGAACAAGGAUGCUAAUUCAUACUGUGUGAACUGCUAUCAUGAGCUGUUCGCGAACACGUGCGAAUCAUGUAACGACACUAUUACUGUUGACGAUCAGGAUUUGGCGUUCAAGGGUAAGCACUGGCACGACAGGUGUUUCAAGUGUUCCGAGCCAGACUGUGGCAAGUCCCUGGUGGGGGAGAACUUCGGGGUGGGGAAGGACAAAGAGACACUUUAUUGCACAGACUGUUACGAGAAGGACUUUGCACCCAAGUGCUUUGUGUGCAACGAGCCUUUUAAAGGAGGCAUGAUGAAGUUGACGUGGAACGGGAACAGCUACCACUCGGAGUGUUUCAAGUGUGCCAAUUGCAGUGAGGUGAUAGGCAAGGACUCCUUCCACCCCCACGACAACAAGGCCUACUGCGAGAAAUGCUGGGACCACCUCUACUCCGUCAAGUGCACAAAGUGCAAAGACCCGAUCAAAGCGAAUGGCGUGACAUACAGAAUGGAGCCGUACCACCGGGAAUGCUUCACCUGCAGCGACUGUGGGGACAUUUUAGCGGGACAGAGGUUCACGCUGCACGAGGACAACCCCAUAUGCUCCGAGUGUUUCGGCAAAAAGUACGCACACAAGUGCUAUGAAUGCAAUUUGCCCAUAAAAGGUGACAGUGGCAACAGGUACUUGAUGUUCGAGGACCACUUCUGGCACUGCGAGUGUUUCUACUGUGCCAAGUGCAACCUCACCCUUCUAGGCUCAAACUUCAUCGCCGACCAGCCCAGUCCAGGAGAGGUGAAAGUGUAUUGUCAGCCGUGUGGUUUUGCCGUGAAAGGAUACACGCUCGACAAGACCAUCUUCUCCCAAUCCAACAAGGAAAACGAAGGCCCGUACACAAGUCAAGAUAAUUUGAAGGACAAUGACGAAGGUGUGACUACCAACCGCAGAAGCAGAGGACUGAAGGUGUGAUCAAGUUAAAACUAGAUUAUUAAUCAAGUUCAAUGUAAAUAUUAAGUAUGUACUUUUGUAACUAUCGUUUCUUUCCUAUUGAAUUCUGUGAACAUUGAUUUUUUUUUCUGUUCAGCUGCAAGCAUGAUGAUGUGAAGAAUAUAUU